AUGCAACGGUUAUUUUCUGCAGUAGGAGCAUUGGCUCUGCUUUCGCUUGCAUCGGCACAAACGGCUGGCACGUAUUGUGACGGUCUCGGUCGUUGCUUUGCCUCCUACACUCUUGCAAAUGGCAUCGUUUAUGGUGUUGCCAUCCCCGAGGCCACCGAGGCUCCUUUCGAUGUCAUCCUUCAAAUCACUGCCCCGACUGAGAUCGGCUGGGCUGGUCUGUCGUGGAGCAGCGGCAUGACAAAUAAUCCUCUGACCAUUGCUUGGCCCCAUGGGGAUGAGGUGGUGGUCUCGAGUCGGGCUGCUGUCUCAUACUCUCUGCCCGCCGCGUGGGACGGGGCUACCCUCGCAGUUCUCGACGGAUCAACUGUCAACGCGACACACUGGGUAGCUACAAUUCACUGCAAGGGCUGCUCUCAAUGGGACGAGCUGAAGCCCGACAACAACAAGCUGGACCCCAACGCCCAGAACGUUAUCGCUUAUGCAUACUCGAGCAAAGCAGUGAACACCCCUAGCGACCCCAACUCGGCUUUUUCUGCUCACGAUGAGGCAACCCCCUUUGGCCUCGACUUCACCAAAGCCCGGUCUGGUGACUUUGCAAGUUGGGUUCCUGACGAGCCACAACCCACGGGCACUCCAACUCCCACAAGCGCCUCGAGCACAACCAUACCAACACCUACUUCAGACUUGCCCGCUCCUACUGGAGAACUUCCCAUCCCCACCUCGUGUAGUCUGAAUGCCCGUUUCCCCCUCGUGGCCGCCGAUGGGUGGUCGUUUGUGAAGCUGGCCGGCAGCCUGACCAACCCCCGAGCCAUGGCGAUCGACUCCCUGGGCAACCUCCUCGUUGUCGAAGUUUCCAAGGGUGUCUCCGUACAUUCAUUCGGGAGUAACGGCUGCCUUGCAGGCUCCAAGACGCUCAUCGCAGAGCGUGUAUUGACUCACGGCAUCGCCUUCACACCAGACCGCAAAACCCUGCUGGUCUCGUCGGUCGACACAGUCUGGAAGUAUGACUACGACGCUGAGACCCAGUCCGUGUCCAACAAGGUCGUCGUGGUCAAGGAUAUGUACCGCGGGACGCACUCGACACGCACUCUGGUGGUCCCUCCAAAGACGCCUAACUUGCUGGUGGUCAGCCUGGGCAGCCACACCAACCUGGACAUGCCCGCGUUCGACAAGAAUACUGGCAGAGCCAUCGUCAAGGUGUUUGAUCUGUCCCAGGCCCCUGAGGGUGGUUACACCUAUAACACUCAGGGAACAUUCCUUGGCUAUGGAUUGAGGAACGAGGUCGCCAUCGCCGUCGAUCCCAAUAACAUGGUCUGGGGUGUCGAGAACAGCGCUGAUGAGUUUGCCCGCGUCAUCGACGGCAAGGCCACAGACAUCCACGAGAACAACCCAGCCGAGGAGCUCAACUACCUGGGCGACCCAACCGUCUCCAACGAGAACUGGUACGGCUACCCAACCUGCUUCACAGCCUGGGGCGGCGACGAGUUCCCCGACACCAACUUCGCCGCCGGCGACCAGUUCAUCCCCGAGCCCAACAGCACCUGGACCGACCAGACGUGCCAGGAGCGCUCCACUGGCCCGCGCCUCUCCAUCCAGGCGCACUCGGCCCCCAUCGACGCCAAGUUCGACGCCGCGGGGGAGAACCUCUACGUCACGCUGCACGGCUCUUGGAACCGCAACGUCCCUACGGGCUACAAGGUCGUCACCAUCCCGUUUACCACUACCUCUGCCGGGUACGAGCCCGUGGCCGACAGGCACAGUAAGGAGGGGUACGUCGACCUGCUGUGGGAUCCGCAGGAGGGGUGCGAUAGCUCGAAGUGUUUUCGGCCGAGCGGUAUCACGUGGGACAGGGACCAGACGCGGCUGAUUGUUGCGAGUGACAAUGGGCAGGAGGGGGAGCUGUAUAUCUUGUCGAACGCGGGGUGGGUCAACAAGCGCGGUAGGAGGAGUUAA